CAUGGGAAGACUUUACUCUGCAGUUUCAGACGGAGGGAACGGACUUCAGCUUCAACUCCAACAACAACAACAUCAGACACAUGCCAAAAAACAGAAAACAACCACCGGCACAACUAUGUGACUGGGAACAGAAAGCAAAGGGAACAAAGCACAUAGGGUCCAGCUGAAUCCUGUAUCCUCAGCCUGAAACAGAGAAGGAGGUCAGUGUGAUGAACAGCAUGCUUCCUCAGAGGAGUGCGGUCGCCGCACUGGGCUACAGCUCGGACUGUGUGAAGACUGAGCACAGCAGCAGUGGCUCGGUGGGCGGGACGUUGCUGAGAGGCUCCCGCUCUAAGGCAGAGUUACAGGAACUGAUGGAGACGCUGCAGCGCAGGAAGAGUGCUCUGGAGGCCAGCCUGAGGGCAGCUGAGUGCAGCCGCAAGUACCUCAGUGUGCCCUCACCUGGUGGACCCCAAUCCACCAGGACCCUGUCCAUCCUCAGCAAUAGCGAUCGACCUCUGUCUGCCUCUAGAAACUUCUCCUACAUGACAAGCAGCAGCGUGCCUCCAUCACCUCGCCAGGGCGAUCGCCAGCUGAGCCCUAACGGCUUCGUCCGUCACUCCCACUCUCGCCACCAGUCACAAAACAGUUUGCUCCUCUUAAAUGCAGCGGAUGGAAGCCCUCUGCUCUCCUCUUACGGGGAGCCCCUACCUCGUUCUCCAAGGGUCAAAAGUGGAGCAGCCAGCAUGCCAUCGAGCCCUCGGAUGGGCCGCAGACUCUACUCUCAGGGCAAAGCUGGAGGAGACUCCCGGCAGAGGAAAUACUCCACUGGGUCCCUCAACAGCCUGGGGAUGCACAGCCGUUCUCUGCCGCGGCUUCACAACACAGCAGACCCCCCUGCUCUGUCGCUCCCGUCACGCCACUCAGUGGGUUCCCACAGAGGAGUGGGCUCAGCAGGGGCGCGACGCAGUCUCUCUUCCCUGGAGCAGCCGCCAGAUGUUACAGUACCAGCCAGCAUGCCCAGCACUCCCAGGAGGGCCAGUUUGGCCUCUCUAAGCUCUCUGGGUGUAGAGAUCGACGGGACAGGCUUAGAUUUGGGCUUUGGAGAGAGGAGGUUGUCCUUUGGGAAGGGCGGGUUGGGUCCGGGACAGAGAGUGGGAAGCAUCAGCUCUUUGAAUGGCAAAGAGGAACUGAGAGACUACCACCAGCAUCAGAGAGAUGAGCGACUCAGGGAGCAGAAAGUGCAGAGACUGGAAUGCCAGCGUUUAGAGACCAUCCUGAACCUGUGCACUGAGUUGGGUCAGGCAGAGAGAGAGCCAGCAGGUUCAGCUGUUUCUGAUCUGCAGAAGAUCAAUAAGGAGCUGGAGAAGCUGCAGGUGUCAGACGAUGAGUCGGUGUUCUCGGACUCUCCCAGCAGCACUGCUCCAGAGGGUUGCUUUGGGCCCAAAGCCAGAGACUUCCAGCUCUCUGAUGAGCAGCAGGUUAGUCAGCGUCAGCAGAGCGGCUACAGAGAGGCCAGGUCCCACUCACCAGCUAUCAGCCUGAACAGCAGUGCCCCCUCACCCUCCACCCACCAUAGAGUCAAAGUCUUGGAGAAUGUGCAGCUGAAACAGGAAGUAACACACAUAGAGGAAGAGAGGAUUCAAGUUCUGAACAACAUAGAGGAGCUGGAGCAGAAGAUCAAAGACCUGGACAACCAGAUGGAGGAGUCUGUCCGAGAGAUGGAGGUGGAGUGUGCUCUCCUGGAAGGGGAACAGGAGUCCGAGAUGGGCCAGCUGCAGAGGGAGAAGGAGCUUCUGGACCAACUCAAGGAAAAGAUGCAUAGUAUUGAGAAGACAAGCCACACUGAGAAGUCACAGGAAGCAAAGGAGCAGACAAAAAGUCUGGAAGAUUUGGAGUUUCAGAAGCUGGAGAGAGAAAUCAAUCAGGACGAGGAAAAAGAGAAUCAGAGCCAAGAGCUGCUGCGAGAGAUCGCGGAGUGUCAGCGUCUUACUGUCACACGCAAGGAAAGACUUAUGACACUGAAGAAACAGUCCUCACAGAUUACCUUACAGGCUCAGCAAGAAAGAGAGAAUUUCCAGAAAGAGAAAAACAAUUUGCUGGUCAUGCUCCAGAAGGAGAGAGAAAAACUGGUAUCUUUGGAAGGAAAGUAUGCAGAGUUGUCUGAGGGGCAGACCUUCACUAACAUCCCUACAGCCAUCAAAGAGCACUUGCACUCUCUGAAGGAAAGGAGAAGAAGCAGCAAAGAAAACUCCUCCCACCCGAGUGACAGCCUACCUCAUAAGAGGAGCCAGCAGCUCCCCACCUCUUACGGCAGAUCUCUGGGACGCACGCUUCCUCCCAAGGCUCACCUGCCUCUGUCCCAAAGCUCCAGCUGUGGCAGCGUCAUCCCACAAGGCUUCAGCUUCUCCACCCGGGACCUGAACACCCGGCGCCUGCCCAAGACAGGCAACAGCCAGGCGCACGUGAACGAAGACAGACAGAGAAGAAGUGAUUUUUGCAGCAGGAUGGUGUCUGAGCCCAACGUGUUCCUGGACUCCUUCUCAUACCCGGACAACAGCCAGGCCUCAGAUACCGUCAGCGUGGACAGCUCUGACAGCCUGGAGACCAGCUUCUCCGCCUGCUCCCCUGACAACAUCUCCAGUGCUAGUACCUCCAACAUGGCGAAGAUUGAGGAGAUGGAGCGUUUACUCCGAGAGGCCCAGGCUGAGAAGCAGAGACUCCUCGAGCAUCGGGAGCGUGAGAUGGAGAUGCGCAGACAGGCUCUGGAGGAGGAGCGACGGAGAAGAGAGGAACUAGAGAAACGACUGCAGGAGGAAACAAGCAGAAGACAGAAACUUGUAGAGAGAGAAGUGAAGCUCAGGGAGAAACAAAGAUCACAGUCCCGGCUGUUGACACGCUACCUCCCUGUAAGGAAAGACGACUUUGAUCUUCACGGCCACAUUGAGGCAGCAGGACACAACCCAGAUGCCUGCUUCCAUCUGGCCAUCACUGAUAAAACCUGUCGAGGCUUCCUGGUCAAAAUGGGCGGCAAGAUAAAGACCUGGAAGAAACGCUGGUUCGUCUUCGACCAGAAUCGCAGGACUCUCACCUACUAUGCAGACAAACAUGAGACCAAGAUGAAAGGAGUCAUUUACUUCCAAGCCAUAGAGGAGGUGUACUAUGACCAUUUAAAGAACGCGCACAAAAGCCCCAACCCCUCGCUGACCUUCAGUGUGAAGACCCACGAUCGGGUGUACUACAUGGUGGCUCCUUCCCCCGAGGCCAUGCGUAUCUGGAUGGAUGUUAUUGUAACAGGUGCUGAAGGACACAUGCAUUUCAUGGUGUAACUGAUCCCAACAGAUCAGGGCCCACGCCACUAAAUUAGUUUUUUUUUUUUUUGUGAGAAGAUUUACGCCUCUCUGCUCAUAUCAACGUAACAACAAACAUGUUGCGUUGAGCUGAGAUAGAUGUUCAUCAGGUCAACAAAAAACAUGAACUUCUGUUUACACUUGUAGUAUUUUUAGCUGACAAGGACAACUCAUGCUCAGAAGCACACUUUAACAUGUAAUCACGUAUAACAAAUGAAAAGAAUUGAUAUACAGGUUUCAUAAUUAAGCUAUGUAGUUAUUUUUUUAAUAUGUUUAUGUGCUGUGAGUGGAUGAAGCACCACUAAAUCAAUUUAGCUGUUACAUCUUCCAACUUGCUCCUUCCUUUUAAUGUCAUGUUUAGCCUAGUUAUUUUUUAGUUUUUAUUCAGAUAAAACUUUAUCAGGGCAGCUUUUAAAUGAUCGGAAACUCAACAUCUGCCAAACUGUGGAAGUGAUGCGGUACUGAUACACUGAUGCUGCUUCUCUAUAACAGAUGCAUAUCAGUCAAACUGUGGCCUUUUGUAAUUUACUCAUCCCACAUUCAAACCAAAGUUUAUCUUGUAGAUCCACCUCUGUUACUUUUCUUCACUUCUCUCUAUUUCCUAUUUGACUCCACUUUCUCAAAGCUUCUAUGUCUUAGACUGAAAUUAAUUUCCUUAGAACACCAGUGGGUCUGUAUCAGUGGGUCACAACUUCCCAGCCAUGUUUUCCCAGAUAAAAUCACCUCCUCUGUGUAUGUGGUUCCAAAAUGCACAUUUUUAUGUUUACUCAGAUUCAUUAUUUCUAUAUUGUCACUUAUAUUGCAGUGUAAUUAGUGUGAGUAUUAUUUCACAUUUUUAACUCAAGCAUUUUGAUUGCUGCUGCCAGACUACCAGCAUAAGCUGUUCUUGUCUGCUUUUUUUUUUUAAAGCAGGGCUGAAUGUCCGCCAUUAGUAUUCCUUCAAACUAGAUACAUUGCUCCUUGCAUUACUUUCAUUCCAGCUAGCCUUGACCUGUGCUUUUCUUCACAUAUGCAAACUUAAUUCGUGAAGGAGAGCUUAUUAUAGGCACUUUUUUUUUACACUUAAUUAUUAUGAAUUAUUUGUAAUUUUAUAAGUAUUCUACUCAUUAAAGUAGAAAAUUUUCCCAUA